AGUUCUAUAAGGCCUGCUACGGAGGCUAGGCACUGGAGAUCUAGGACGGAAGCCGCCUCACCUCUGCUCUGUACACCGAGUGCUGGGAACGGAAGAAAGGAACCCGUUACUUCGGUUCUUAUUCAGCCGCCCUGCCGCUGAAAUGUGGUCCAGCAGCCACAUACGGAACCCGCUGGCCCGCUCCCUGUACAUGCAGGCCGUCAGGCAGGCCGAGAUCGAGGAGGAACUGAGAGAUACAAGAUACGAGGAGUGGUACUCCUGUGAUGUCAGCCUGCUCAGUGAGACCCUGCAGCCAAAGUACCUCCCUCUUCACUUCGACACAGAGACAGAAGAAUUUCUGCAGGGCAGUCGCGAGAAGUCUGACUGGGUCUUCACCCAGAUCUUCCACUCGGUGGUCUCCACCCUCCUCAGCAUGUUCGUGUCGGUCACAUCCAUCAAUGGCUGGCUGGGGCGAGGCUCCAUGUUUGUCUUCUCACAACAACACUUCUACAAACUCAUGAGGAUCUCGCCUGGCUGGCAGGCCCAGAAGCUGCUGGACCUAGGUGCAGGGGACGGUAACGUGACCAGGGUCAUGGCAGGUCACUUCCAGGAGGUGUUUGUGACGGAGCAGUCACCCCCCAUGCGGGAAAGGUUACAGGAGAGGGGGUACAGGUUACUUGACAUAGAAGAGUGGCCGACGGCGCAGUCGGGGUUGACCUACGACCUGAUCAGCUGUCUGAACCUGCUGGACAGGUGCGACAAACCGCGUACGGUUCUGGAGGAGAUUCGACGCUCGCUGUCGCCCGACGGCCACCUCAUCCUGGCGGUGGUGCUGCCGUUCAGACCAUGUGUGGAGUCAGGGUCUAAGCUGGUUGACCCUACAGAGGUGCUGCCUGUGGAAGGGAAAGGCUGGGAGAAGCAGGCCAACAGUUUUGUGGAACAGGUUCUCACACCCAGCGGGUUCGAGGUUGAGACAUUUUCCCGGCUGCCGUAUCUGUGUGAGGGGGACCUGUACCAUCCAUACUACGUCCUACACGACGCUGUGUUCGUGCUCAGAGCCACAGAACCGGGAAUUGAACAGGACAACAGAGUCUGAGGGGAAAUAUAUACUAGAGUGGAGUCAUUCCUCAAGCUGACAUCUAUCACACCACAGUCAUCCCUCAGUAAUUGCCUGGCUAGCAAACCUAUUUUAGUCCUACAUUCUCU